CUGUCGUGUGUUCGUGUCACAAUUAAUAUUUUGGAUAGAAACUGAUAGAAGAAACCAACGUCAACAAAAAAAACCUUGUAUUAUCCGUCACCUUUUCGCCCGUCGGUGGGAGGUGAUCAAACACAAAACCGGUUCCCGUUUGGCCGUGUUUUCGCGGAUCGCACCGUGUUAUCCGUGGUCCGUGCGUGGCGUAUCGCGCCGCCGCCAUAAUGUGGUGCGGUGCCGCAGUAAAGCUGGCGCUGCUUUAUCAGUAUAAAGAUAAAAUCUGUGCCGGCAACGUGUGCAACGUCAGGAAAAAGUGGCUCCCAACCCAGUUCCGCAAGCUGUCGCACGGAAAAUCGGAUAAGCUACCGCCGGUGGAGAAAUCACCCAUCGGCAAGAAAGGUUCCGAUAAGAAGAUCAAGCCCAAUCAACAGGACAAAUCAUCCAGCGAACUGGAACCAUCGACGGCGGCAGCAGCAGCAGCAGCAGCAGCCGCGGCAUCAUCCUCCGUGCAGCAGCUGGAAGCCGAAGACGAGGAAGCAACGGCGAUCGAGCUUCCGCCUCCGAUGAAACCGAUUCAAGAUUCAUCCGCCACCCUGGCGGCUGUUCCGUCGGCUUCCGACGAUGCGACAAGCACGGCCACCAAGAUCUCCAAGGCGCUCUCGUUGAAGUCGCUCGAGGAACCGCCCGGCACGCAGCCGACGGCGGAUCUGGCCGAGAUCGAACAGUUCGUCAAGCAGAAGGUGGAAAGCUUAAAGUAUCUCGACAACGACGGUGGCGGUACCAACACGAUGAUGCUCGGCGAUGGCGGUCUGGUCGGCUCGUCGGCAAUGAUGGCGCUGAACGGGAGUGCCGUUGGGCACACGAUCGGUUCAACGCUCGCCAAACCGACCCUUUCGCCGCAGUUCUCCGAGAACGAGGCCACCGACGAAAAUUUGGCCGAAGAGCAGGGCAUCGAGGACAUACUGCGGAAGCGCAACUACGCCCUGCGCGAGCUGAUCACGACAGAGGAAGCGUACGUGAACGAUCUUUCGCAGAUAGUAAAUGGUUACAUCGCGGAAAUUCGAAAUCCCACCAGCACGGUUCCGAUUCCGGACGAUCUGAAGGGAGGCAAGGAACGGAUGGUGUUUGGUAACAUUGAAGCAAUAUACGAGUGGCACAGAGACCAUUUUCUAAAGUCAUUACAAAAGUGUCUGCAAAACCCAUACGAACUCAGUUUGCUCAUUAAGCGCAGUGAGCGAAAGCUGCACAUGUACGUCGUCUACUGUCAGAACAAACCGGUCUCGGAGCACAUUGUGCAGGAGCAUAUGAGUUACUUCGAUGAAUUACGCUUAAAAUUAAAGUAUAAACUAUGUUUAGGAGAUAUGCUCAUCAAACCAGUCCAAAGAAUAAUGAAGUACGAGUUACUGUUGAAAGAUAUCCUGAAGCAUACUCAGCGGGCCGGUCUCACCGAGGAAUUACCAGGAUUGAAGGAAGCGAUGCAUAUAAUGCAAGUAGUUCCUAAGGCGGCCAAUGAUAUGAUGGACGUCGGCCGGUUACAAAAGUUUGAGGGUAAAAUAACGACGCAGGGCAAGCUGCUACUGCACGGCCCGCUGUACUGUGUCGAGGGUGCCUCUAGUAGUGAUAAGAACUCGUACAACUCCCAGAAACCGAAAGAACUGCACGUGUUUCUUUUCGAGCAGAACAUCAUUUUCGCGGAAAUUGUUGGUAAGAAAACGCAGUUUACUAGCCCCAACUACAUCUACAAAGCCCACAUUCAGGUGAACAAAAUGACGCUGCAGGAUGUUUCCGAUCAAACCAACGGUAAUCGGUUCUCUCUUUGCUCAAUCGACCCGCAACGCUCCAGUCUGUCGUACAUUUGCACGGCCCCGACUGUCGAGCUGCAUAACGAGUGGCUCAACACGAUACACGAAAUACUGAAAACGCAAAACGAUUUCCUGAAAGCUCUCGUAAGCCCUAUCGCCUAUCAGAAGGGAGAGCUCGCGAAGGAUUCGUAAGCCGCGGGUCGGUUCUCGGGCUGAGGACAAAUCCUGUGUGUCUGUGCGUAUGUGAGCAACUUUAGCGCAAUUGUAUUUCGUGUUGUGUUUAGGUUAAUUUCCUCUCAACACACGCUACAGCACCACGGUACGGCCACCGGUCGGCGUUUUGUUUUAUCCAAUUGCAUUCGAACGAGCAUAUUCGCAAUCAUCACCGAUUUCCUACUUCGCGUUGGCGACACCCCUCAUACGGAGUAUUAUUUUACUUUGCUUAGUAGGUUAAGCAAAAUCGAUUCUUGGCUACCCUCAAGAUGCAUUUCAAAGGCGCAAACAUCAAGUAAUGGUUGUUUGCGCGGAAGAAACAUCAACACUCUCAUCAGGAACGUGUUUUAACAAAGUCUAUCGAAUUGGAUGACAUGCGUCACAUCAUCACAUUUAGAUAAAUCACGAGAAUGGCUAUAACGACAGACGCGGGCAUGUUAUACAUUUUUUCUCCCGUCUAUACUGCUAUGCAUGCAGCAUAUUCGGUUUACCGUUUUUGGCUGGAUUGUAAAUGGUCAGAAAUGAAACUUGGCUUGGCUUCAAGAUGGGACAAAUAGCUCCAAGUGAUCAGCAUACAAGAGCGCCGUGGAACGUGGUUGCGGUCCAAUAAAGUCUCUAAGGGUUCGUGAGGAGCAAAAAAAAGUUUAAAGCGAAAAGUGCACGUUCAUCAUCUUUCGCACUUGCCACACGUUACAGCAAACGAUAGAGAACGGCUUAUUUGCUGUGAAGAUAUGUUAACAAAAACAACUAACGAAAUGAAUAUAAAACCAUACAAAAUAUACAAGUUAAAACAGCGCGAGCAAAGCAAUUGCUGCACAUAAUAGACAAGACGGCUACGUUAACACGUGAGCACGUGAGCAAAAGUAUUAGCACGCAUCCCAAAAACAGUUGGCAAGCACACCGAGUUCGGCUUUGGUCCUGCCGCAGUGAUCGGUAGACGCGCAAGAAAUUACUGUAACAAACCCUAAUGAAGCAACUAAAUCAUACGAUCAAACAAAACGAUGUAUCUCAAAGGCAAAUACUGCACUAGCAAAACCCGUAAAUCGCGGCGGCCGAAGGAUGGAAUGUGACAAGCUAUAGAAAUAUUAGCAUAGAAUACUGAUAACACUCAAGAGAAACCAACAAAGUAAAGUAAAGUAUAUAUUUUAUGAAUAUGACUAUAACGGUCGAAUCCAGAGAACAAAACAAAUCCAUACAAAGAUGAACUCAUGCAGUCAGGCAGACAAACGUGCGCAUCGUGAUGUUAGUGAAAAUUGCAAACAACCUCACAAUCACCCAUUCGCAUCUUAUCAUACACAUCGAUCAUGGCGGCAAGAAGGAAGGCGUCCACCUUGUAAAGAAACGUGUAGUCCAACAACGGCGUAGGCAACCAAUACCCGAUAGACAAGAGAAAGAGGAACGGUCCCCAGACGCGCUGCUCUACCGAGAGCAACAUAUUUUUGAUAUUUUGACAUUUUUCCCUCCCGCGUUUAGUAAACUCCGAUGAACCACAACCGAUCAAUGGUGUUUGCGUGGCGCAAACCUUGGUCACGAGGCUGAAUGGUUUCUGCUGAUUCUGAAUCUUUGAGGAAACAGCUGUAGGCAAAGUACUUUCGUUGUGCACAAACAAACAAAACUCGGACUGUAUAAAAGAACCCCGUCGAGGAAUUUGUAAAAUGUUUCCGCCUUUCGCUGAGCGAGUUUCUAGGACGUUGGUCGAACAGUGCACAAAAUAUGAACCCCCGUUUCCGGUGGAAGUUGUACCGUCUGGUAGAACUGGUGGCGGAGCACAUGUUGUUAGUACAUUUUCGUAGCAAUUGGUGAUAAAUUGAAUUCGUCUUUCCUCGUGAACAAAACAAUCCAGGGAAUGAUGGUUCUACGAAAUCGUUAGCUUUUUUGGAAAACCGGAAAGAUCAAAUGCUCGCGACGAUACACGCCCGACGAAGAGCAAGUUUUACAUGGAUUUGCCUGGGAAGAAGGAAAAUUAGUUUGGUGUAUUCGCUAGAUACCCAGGUUUUUGUUCAAACUUUCGUUUAACCAUCUGAAAAAUGAGCAGCCUUUUUAAAGAAAAAUGCGAACACAAGCAAGCUUGCUUUUUAAUUUGUUAAUUUCUUAGUUACUUUCGCGAUUGUAAGUUAUUUUUAUUUUGUACAAAAUUUGAGGCUUCAAUUGUUUACAAUGUUCACGUUUCGUUCGUUACAUGAGAAAUUUGGCAAAUUUAAAAUUCGCUACCAACAAGCUUUGAAGCUUCACGCUUCAACGAGACCAUUUGGAUGAACAAUCGGAACAACCAUUGUCUCAAGGCGUUUGUAAAAAUAUACGCAUCCCACGAUGUGAAAAGCUAAAUCUAUACCGCGACAUUAUGGUUAUACACCUAAAAUCGGCCUCUGCAGAUCUUUCGUUGCACUAUAAUUUGCGUUAACUGUGAUCAGUGAAGAACAUGCUCUACGUCUAGCAUCGUCUCCUAGUAUCAACUCCUCCUAGACACCUGCUGUCCCCAAUCGAUUCUGAAGAUGAGCGGCAUUAUUUCACAAUACGUCCUAUUGUUUUUUUUUUUAUCUUAGAAGAACGGACUGGGCCGUAUUUAUACGUCCUACUGUUGCUGCUAGAAGAAAAGAUUUGGCAAAACGUUGUACUCGUGGUUGAUUUGCUUUUCUAUGAUUGUGUUAAGAGAGUUAGCAAACUAAACAAACCAUGUGACCAAUGUGUCGCGGCUGUGUCCCUCUAUCGGGGGCAGUGGAAUCGAUGAGCGAUAUUUCUGUUUGCAGCUGCUGGAAGCUUAAUGCGACUACAAAGUGGCGAACGGUGGAGUGCAAAUAAACAAACGUGUAAAUUAAAAACGCAAUCAUACACACUGCAAGAAGAGGAGGAAUACAUUAGGAAUGGAUUAAAGGAAAACAUCUGUGUGAUAAUAUAUAAUAGCAUUAAGUUAUAACUUUUAAUUUAUACAUUUAUCCUAAAUUUAAAGGCGUAAAUAUAAAUCCAAAAUCCUACUUACUAUUACCACUCGUCCUGUUCUGUUAACUAAUCGAAUGCGGGACCCGCACAGCCAGAACGAAAGUGGAAGAACAAAAGAUGAAAAUCAUGUAAAGUAACGAUCUAAGAAUGUGAAGAACGAAGCGUUUCGACCGCAACCAGGCGUUGAUUGCGGUGAAAGAAGCGGGCGGGUCCGGGAAUUGAUGAAACCCGAAUCAUCACAUCAUCACAAUAAAUAAAAACGUGGACUAACGAAUAAAAUGAAUCAUGAACUGGUGAAA